UCGGCCUCCCCCUCCCCCCCUCCGCCAUCUCCUCCACCGUUCCAUUCUCCACCUCUCCCACCCCUCACCACCUCCCCCUCCCCGUCUCCCUCCGCUUCCCGAGGCGCCUCGGGGCGCCCAAUCGCCACCCGUCCCCGAUGGCCGCUUCUCUCCUCCACGCCGCCGCCCCGCUGCGGAGCCCCAGCCAGGCGGGCGCGGCCGCCUUCCACCCGCUCGCCUCCGCCCCGGCGUCCCUGCGCCUCGCGCGCUCCUCGUCCUCGUCCCGCCGCCGCCUCCAGGCCUCGCUCCGGGCGCUCUCGGCCGGCCACCGCUUCGACGGGAGGGGCGCGCCCCGGGGCCGCCGCGUCGUCGCCGCCUUCGCGGGGGAGGAAACCGAGGGUUCAGAGGCAGGCGAUGACAAGGAUAACAGCAAGGGCGAAAUAAAGCCCGAAGAGGCUCAGGAAUCUUGGAAGGUAAUGCUGGAGCAGUUCAAGGCCGAGGCCCUACGAAUGCAGGCGCUCUCAAUCCAGGCCUAUGAUGUCUACUCCAAGAGGACAAGGGAGGUGCUGUUGGAGGCCGCUGAUAAGCUGAAGAUACAGGCAGACAAAGCGCAGAAGGACCUGAGCGUGAUAGCUACUGAGGUUGGUCAGGAGGGACAAGAGUAUCUAACGAUGGCAGCCCAGAACUCCCCAGACUCGAUCAAGGAUAUCACAACGACGUUCAGGGCUCUUGGAAAGUUGAAUUGGCCAUCAGAGUAUGAGGAUUAUCAUGUGGGCAUUCCCUUCGGUACCUUUCUCACUGUAGGGGGUUUCCUCAACUUCAUGUUGACUGGAAGUACCUCUGCAAUUCGUUUUGGAAUUGUUCUUGGCUGUGCAUUGUUGGCUCUGGGUAUCUCAAGCUUAAGAUCACAAAGAGAAGGAGGACGUCGGCCUCGUCUUCUGUUGAAAGGGCAAGCUGCGAUUGCUAGUAUCAUCUUCUUCAGGGAGUUUUCAGUUCUACUCAAGAGUUGCUGGUUCCCGAAACUUUUCAUGGUCCUCCUCAGUGGGGUGGUGGCAGCCUUUUACUUUUACCGCAUGGCGACCGGUGCUCCCAAAGAUCUAAGCAGCAAGAAUGAUUCUGCGAACUAAUGCACUGGUAUGAAUCGAUGGCAACCGGAAAGUUGGACUUGGAAGAUCAUGGCCCUCUGCUUUCUAUUCCUUCAGCGUUCAAUUCAGUCAAACUCGGUUUCGUGUCUUAGAUGUCGCUGCAUGGUGGCACAUGGAUUCAGAAGAACUGCCUGCUUACUCGGCCUCGUUGCCCGCAUUCCGUUCCUUUACUCAUGUAAUAUAGAUGGCAAGCCUUGAGCAACAUUAAUAAAUGACCUUGAAAGGUCAUGAUGUAGGUAGCUGUUUCAGUUUGUCUGUUGUUUACUUCAUGGGGAAAUAGUUGUGCUGUAACGCGUUCAAUGUUUAGCGGGAACUGUCAACCAGUAUUCUUUUAUGUAGUUUGUUGCUUGCAUUCAAUUACAUCCGGUGGAUGAGAAGUUGGUAACAAUCAGAGGCAUAUGAUCCCUUCCUGCUCUAGUUGUUGUCAGGGCA